GUUAUAUGUGGACUCGAUCAAGUGAAAGACGAAUCUAAAACCAUAUUCAUUGCUUGUGAAGAAGACAUGGAUGAAGCGUUGUCAGCAGUGAAGAAGGGAAUAUGGACUUUCAGCAGUGACUGGUUUAUGAACUGUGUCAUGAAACAAGUGCUCGACUUAGGAGCUCCUCAAUUUGCGGAGUCCCUCUAAGGCACAUAUAACAUAUAUACGAGCAAACUGGUCUGAUAAGUACGAAAAAUGUGAAUAUCUCUUACAAAGAACGUUGAAGUAAAACUCAGGACUAAUGUACAUGUGCUGUUUGUAUUGACAGUUGGGGAGAAACACAGCAGGUGUUUUAGUUUCUUAUAAAUUAUGAAAUGGAGUUAUACUCAACAUCUGAUACUCAGGGUCAUUUUUCUUCGAUUAUAAAUUGAGAUCUUGCACUUCAA